CCCACAGCACGAACCAUGAAGACUUUACUAAUUGUUCUCUGCAUCGCAGUUGCUACCUCAGCGGCGCCCCAAACCAGGGGAAGCUUCAGUAGGGGGCUGAGUAGGAUAAUUGGUGGGGAAGACGCUGCCCCUGGGGACAUACCGUACAUCGUGAGCUUCCAGGACAUCUCCUUCGGCUACAACUUCCACUUCUGCGGCGGUACCAUCUACUCCGCCUCGUGGGUCAUCACUGCUGGACAGUGCCUUGAAGGAGCUGACUUCAAUAAUCCGUCCUACCUUCAGGUGGUAGCAGGAGAGAGCCGUUUAUCCCAAAGUGAAGGCACAGAACAAACGAUAAUUUUGAAGAAAAUUAUCCAGCACGAAGAGUACGACCACUUCACUUACCUGAACGACAUCGCGCUGUUGCAGUUGUCUGUUCCGUUUGAAAUGAAUUCGAUGGUCCAAGCUCUUCCUAUAGCAGAUUCAGGCGAGGUAGCUUCUGGGGAUUGUCUGACCGGAGGCUGGGGAACCACAACUGAAGGUGGAUCUGCCUCCUCGAUUUUGCAGUCUGUCACUCUCCCAAUAGUGACACAGGAAGACUGCAGAUCCUUUUACGGCGCAGAAGAGAUUUUCGACACGAUGAUGUGUGCCGGUGAUGUGGCGGGGGGAAAGAGUUUCUGCCAAGGUGACAACGGAGGUCCGUUGAUUUGCAAACGUAGUGACGGUACCAACUACUUAGCAGGGAUUGCAUCUUGGCUGUACGGCUGUGCUAGGGAAAACUACCCCGGAGUUUUCACGGACGUGUCGUAUUAUGUUGACUGGAUAAAUCGCAACACGCGGAUCAUAAUGAAGGUUCUCAUUCUGUGCCUCUUGGUAGCCUCGGCCAUCGCGGCCCCGUCCACCCUUCCCCGCUGGAGGAGGGGCCACAACAGGAUUGUCGGAGGCACGGAUGCCAGACCUGGUGAACUCCCCUACCAGCUCAGCUUCCAGGACACUUCCUUCGGCGCCAACUUCCACUUCUGUGGAGCUUCCGUCUACACCACCACCGUCAUGAUCUGCGCCGCUCACUGCGUCGAUGGCGAGAACUACGACAAUCCGAAAAAUUUGAGGAUCGUGGCCGGUGAGCAUGACCUGAGCAAGGACGAAGGCACCGAACAGGCUAGAGAUGUGACCAAGAUCAUCAUGCACGAAAACUAUGACUCCUCCACCACAACCAACGACAUCUCCUUGCUCUUCGUCGGAACUCCGUUGAUCUUCAACAGCUACGUUGACGGCGUCACUCUGCCCGCCUCUGGGCAGUCCUUCUCUGGUAACGCUCUAGUGUCGGGAUGGGGAACCCUCAGCUCCGGUGGAUCAACCCCUGAUAUUCUCCAAAAGGUUACUGUUCCGAUCGUGAGUGACGCGUCGUGCCGAGCAAGCUACUCAGUUAGUCAAAUCGCCGACUCGAUGAUGUGCGCAGGAGAAGAAGGCAAGGACUCCUGCCAGGGAGACUCCGGCGGACCUCUUGCAUGCGGCAGUUACCUUUGCGGUAUUGUCUCCUGGGGACGUGGAUGCGCCCUUGCUGGGUAUCCUGGAGUCUACACUGAGGUCUCCUACUUUGUGGACUGGAUUGCAAACAACUCUUAAGGUUGAUUGUUUCAGUUCUUAAUUCAUUUGCCCACUGGACACGAUUCAAAUCUUGUGACAGAAGGGUCAAGUAAAUGAUAACACCACAA